UCUGAAGACUGACGUUUCGAAUACCGGAGUCGCUUGCAAAGUACCUGUAGUUGGCAGUAUCAUUGGGUUCAGUUCUUCGCUCAUUUUUGGAGAAGACGUUUGUGAAACACCAAAGUCCGCACUGGAAAAACUCCAGAUUUUUGUUGAAGGAACAGCAGAAAUCAAUGCUUCGUUGUAUGCAAAGGUGGAGGCUUCAUAUAAGAACGUAUGGAGGAAGCAGUCACUGUGAGCGAUAAUCAGUUACCAAGAGCUAGGGACAAAACGCAGGUGGCUGUUCUUGAACUGAACUGACGACCAUCACGUGCCGGCCAUGAAUGACAGCUAUAUGAUUCUGGAGGGAAGUGCGGGACUUGCUUUCCGUCAAUAUUCGAUCUGCAAGUAGCCGCACUUCUUUGCUGUGUGAAGGCAGAAUUGCAGCAUAAAAAGCGACCGCGGUAUUUCUGCACCUCUCUUGCAACUAAGACGUUGCCUUCCUGCCCCCUUCUCCCUUCCCACAAUCCAUCCACGAUGAUUCUUUGACAAUGCACUGCUUCCAAGAACUGGAAGCAAAGAUUUUCAUUUCUGUCAGAACAAGUUGCAGAAAUCGCGUAAAUAAUGGAAAUCCAUGGUCAAUCGCCAAGUUACCUGCACCCACAAAUAAUCGGUCCGUCCUCCUAGAUGGCUGAGUGCCUUUCCCUAUCAGCAAGAGUCUGCUCCUUAUUCCGUCGAUUCGUCAAUCGCAUUACCCUCAGACACCUCCUGAAUGGCUCGUCCGACUGGGCAAGAAGGAAUUUCAACACGUUGAUGGCUGCCAUUAUGGCAUUUGCUGCUGACCCAAGUGCUAAUCCUCGGAUCUGGAAGAGAUAGCCGUCGACAUAUUUAUCCUGCACGUGUUACAGAUAUGUGUUAGCUUGCAUGUUAGAUGAAUCAUAACAAAGCCAAAUUGGCUCUGGAAUACCAGAAACAUGUCGAUAUCCAAAAAAGCCACAAAAGAACGGCUGCUUGACGCGGCCAGACUGUUUCAGCCGUCCCAGGUAUCUGCAAUGCGUUCUCGUGAUUUUGCCAGGGUUUGUGGGUUCCUUGUGCGUGUUCUACCACCUCUAGACCCAUGUGGGACAGAGAUUAGUGUUUGUCUUUAUUAUUCAGGUUCAAAACUUCCUGUAAUCCCCACCCUAACCCUAACCCUAACCUAUAUUUGUUUUCGACUGAAUCAUCGGUUGUUUUCUGCUUCCAUAAGGUUCGGAAAUUGGUCAAGCUUGUCACCAAUGUUUUCCCUUUCGCUUUGGAAGACUUGCCAGUCAAAUCCCACAUGAUGGAAUUACGAUAGGUGCACAAAAUAUCGCUAGUUUUCAACCAUUGCUUGCUUGUACUUUGCGGGAGCAUGGUAGUUCUUGGAACAGAAGUCGUCAAUACAUAUUCCACCCCGACCCAUCCCUCCUUCUCCCACAAGCGCAUCUCUCGUCAUUGUAAUUCGCCUUGCUACACGGAUGACACCACCACUGUUUAUCGUUCGUGCUCGCCACGAGGUACGCCAUGCUGGUGCUGUGUUGCUGAGCUCUCCACCGCACGGCUUGCAAUUGGGCCUCUUGGUUCCGUCGAUUUUGUUCGAUGAGUCUUUGUUGGGUUUGGUGGUAGAGCUGGAUGUGGUUGUCCACGGCUUGUUUGUACGAGGGGUUGGGAACGGCGGGGAGAUGGGAGCGGGUGAAUUCGAAGGGGAGGGUGAUUUGGUACCGGGAAAGGAGGGUGGAGUAGUGCGAAUGUCCCGUGGCGGGGUCGUGGAGCAGAUCGCCGGCGACGAAACUGUAGGCGCCACGUUUGGUGAGGAUUGGG